AUGGCGCUCCUGGCCACAGCGUCUGCCGACAACACGAUCAACAUCUACGCUGUACCGGCGAACCCAACACCCAACGUACCCUUCAAACUCCUCCGGACUUUGCGUGCCCACCUUGCCGGAGUCAACGCGAUCGCAUGGUCGCCUGUCGGCCCACCAUACACACUCGCGUCAGCCAGUGACGACAAAUCGAUUCUUCUAUGGUCACCACUGGCCUCCGACUUCCCGAUCUCGCCGUCUCCGCUGGUCGGACACAGCAACUACGUGUACUCGCUGGCAUUCAGCCCGAAAGGCAACAUGCUGGUAACUGGAUCCUACGACGAAGCAGUGUUUCUAUGGGACGUACGCGCUGGCCGCGUGAUGAGAAGCUUGCCCGCGCACUCUGAUCCGGUGGGAGGGGUGGACUUCCUGCACGACGGGACGAUGGUUUGCUCGUGUGCAGGCGACGGACUGAUCCGCAUUUGGGAUUCCGGGUCCGGCCAAUGCCUCAAGACACUGGUCGACGAGGACCGCCGGCCCGUCACCAGCGCUCGAUUCACGCCGAAUGGCAAGUUCGUACUCGCAUGGACACUGGACAAUUCGAUCCGUCUGUGGCGCUAUACCGAGGGCACCUGUGUCAAGACUUACCAAGGGCACGUGAACCAGGAAUACAGUCUCAGCGGGACCGUCGGGAGCUACUAUCCGUCUACGAGUGGUGGCCAGGGCCAGGGCCAUGGCGUCGCUGAAGCGUUUCUGGCCAGCGGAAGCGAAGACGGCGACGUGGUCGCGUGGGACGUGACUAGCAAGGAUAUCCUCUGGCGUGGCAAGGGACACAAGGAUGUCGUCUUGUCUGUAGACUUUGGGAGGACCAAGGCCGGGAAGGGCCUGUUGGUCAGCGGAGGCAAGGACCGUGAUGUACGUGUCUGGAUGCUCGAGGGCGAAUCGAGACACGACCUUGCAGAACGCGGUGGGGACGAGAUGGAUCCCAAUAUGGGCAUGGAGAUGGAUGUCGAUAUGCAGAUGCCUGCUGAACCAGAGACGGAGACGGAGGUGGAGGCGGAAUCGGAUCUCAUCAACGGCGAAAGAGAACAUGCCAGACACAAAGGAGGACGGACGGAGCAGAAUCCAGCUGGUGGGAAUGGAUCAGCUAUGGAUGUUGAUGUUGAUGACGCUGUCGGCACCCCUGGUCUUGGGAGUGCCUGA